GUCCUUUUGUCCUUUUGUCCAUUUGGCUAGGGUUUUGAUUUUGGGUUUUGGGUUUUUGGUUGAAGCGUCUAGGGUUUAAGGAGUUACAGGGGGAGAUAGAUCAAAGAGAGAAGAAGUGAUUUUCUCUACCACUAUUUUCUAUGGCUAAUGUGUGAGCUUCAUCAGGCAACAACCGCUGCCGUUGCAGGAAAAUUUGCUAGCAACCAGUUCUUCCAGGGGUUUGGCUAUUAUUUAUCAGUUACCAACUUGCAACAUGUCAACUGGGCCUGGACUUGAGUCUCUUGUAGAUCAAACUAUAUCAGUUAUCACAAAUGAUGGUCGAAAUAUAGUGGGAGUUCUAAAGGGCUUUGACCAGGCUACCAAUAUCAUUCUUGAUGAAUCUCAUGAGCGUGUUUACUCCACAAAGGAAGGCGUUCAACAGCUUGUGUUGGGUUUGUACAUAAUAAGGGGUGACAACAUAAGCAUUGUCGGGGAACUAGAUGAAGAGCUGGAUUCUAGCCUUGAUCUAUCGAAACUGAGAGCACAUCCCCUCAAGCCUGUCACUCAUUGACUGGGAAAGGUGUUGAAACUGAGAAAGGUGUUGAGAAGUUCCUGACUCUAUAAUUAGAUUGGACUGAUGAAAAAUGUAUGCUGAUAUAUGUAGUUAUAACAACCAGAAGUUAUGAUGUUCUAAAGAGGAGGUUGUUUUUCAUGCCACCCUGAGUUGUUAUCCUUGAUGCUGUUGAUGCUGAAUGUUUUCUUCGACUCUUAUGUUUUGCAUUAAUAACUCGACAAUUAUAUCAUAUUAUCAACUUAAUUGUAUUGAGAGCAUGACUUAUUUGGUUAAA